AGCCACACCUUGUGGCUAUGUCAGCUGUCAUUUAUCGAUGGCAACUAGAUAAUAAUAAAUUAGCAAAAAUUUGUGCACAACCAGUGGUGGCCCCAUAUUGCAUGACGCUAAUUUCACCAAGUCUACUCUUCAACCAUAAAAAUGGAGCACAAUUUGCACGAAAUAAACAGGACUUUUAUAAAUCUCCCGGAGUGGAUGGUGUACACGAAUAACGAAAUUAUCGGGGAUGUGGUUCCCAGGUUCAUCGACACCAUGAAACAGCAGGACCCUUUAUUCGACGCUAUGUUCAGGCGCGUUUUCUACGGUGGCAGUUACUACGAUGGCUUGAAAGUUGGCGACCCUGGGGAGUUCGAUUUGGAUUUGUUGUUGGACUUGCCGCGAUAUGCUCAACCGGAACUAGUGGACAGUAUUUAUCCCGGAUUUGUUCAACUUCAAGUUAAUAGACUUGACGCUUGGAUGCGUCAGCCGGAAGCAUUGCCUUCAUAUAGCAACUUUGGAAGAUUGUUAGAUGACAACAGACAUGUCAAUACUGAUAAAGUUUUGUCGUGGAUGGAGGGUCUGGUUCAGAGGAGCUUGAAUAAUUUUGUGGCUGGAAAUAGCUUGAGGGUGACGUUUAGUAAAUCAGGGCCGGCUUUAACGCUCCACAUUGUUGCACCUACGACGAAAAUGGAUGUGGAUUUGGUGCCGUGUUUUGUGUUCAGAGAUGAUAAGUGGCCGAGUGGUUUUCGGAGAAAUCCGGUCCCUUCUAAGCCGGAAUUUUUUGUCGUUCCGAAAAAUCCAAAAGACUCUGCAGACGUAUCACGUUUUUGGAGAUUAUCCUUCCAAGAACAGGAGAGAGUAAUGAUUGACAAUAAACUGACGUUAAAACCAACACUGAAAUUAUUGAAAAAAAUGAGGGACUCAAACAAUGCCACUUGGAUCCCUAGCUACUACAUAAAAACAAUGUUUCUUCAUGCUUGUCUAACCAAAUCCGAGUCGUACUGGAGAAGACCUCUGAGUGAUGUUUUUGUGGACAUGUUGAAGGAGUACCAACAAUACGUUAAACAAGGGCAAAUUCCGUAUUUCUGGAACGAAAAAAACAAUUUAUUCCACCAGAAAGUGAACAAGAAAACGUUUAAAAAUGUAAGCCGGUGGUUAGAUAAAGCGAUCAAGAAAAUUGAAAAGAAUCCCAACGACGCACAAAUUAUUGCAAAAAUUUUACUAACACCUAAAGAAUAUCUAAGCCUUCCCAGUACACAAAAGAUACUUCGUGACGAAUUUUUUGAGAGGCAGAUAGAACUUUCGAAAUUGUAUGGCAACUCUUCACCACUUCCACAAGACUUGGACUUUUUUGUUUGGCUUGCUAGUUUGAUUUAUGGUUUUUAUUGCAUCACGAACGAUAAACCACAUUUAGGUUCUACAAUUAUUUUAUUAGAUGUGCUAUAUGUUUCGUACAAAAACUUUGAACUAGAAGCUUUCAGUUUUUACAAACAUGCAAUCAUCUUUUCGUAUAUCGUUUGCAGUUAUCUUCAUUUGGACGUUACUUAUGGACUUCAGUACUUCUACUAUGGACUAGUAUUGAUUGAAUUGUGUACACACUUGGGCGACCCUGUAGAUAUCACAUUUGAAUAUUCACAGUACUUGAUUUCCUGUGGAAUGAUUUUUUUUUGGAUAUAUUCGUAUACGGACUGUACUCAGCUUAGACCGUUUUAUACUACUUAUAAUUUCAUGCUGAACAAAACAUCAGACGUGAUAAAAUUAACUAUAGUCUUCUGUGAACCUAUCUUUGGCGAAGUAGUUAAACUAAAAACGCUCGUUCAAACAUUUCUUGCGUUACCAGUGAUCGAUUUACUCUUGUUUGGAUAUUUCACGAUUGAUCACUACCUAAUUAUCCUAUCAUCUUUUCUGAUCUUGGUUUUAGAUAUCUACCCCAAUUCUGACGCUUUCUUCAGACGGCUUGUGUAUUCGUUGGGUGUAAAAGUUGCCUCAUCCAUUGUCGACACCGCGUUAACCUACCAAACUAUCUGCACUUUUACGCUAAUGACAGGGGCAACAAUAUGUUCGAACGGUCCUGAGGAUGUGGCAAACAACGCACUUGCUACUGCGGCUAUUGGAGGCGGCCUACUUUUAAUCAAAGGCGCAGCGCGACUUCUGAAGACUGUAGAGAUAAAUAAAUACGUGGCUACGUCCAUGCUACUAAGUUGUAUAACCGAUUUUGCGGUUGAAAUUUUAUAAUCUUUACUAAUAAAGAAAUUGUUUUGUAAAAUGCGAAA